AUGGCCACCUCUGGACGCCUCAGCUUCACCGUGCGCAGCCUCCUGGAUUUACCCGAGCAGGACGCACAGCACCUGAGGAGGCGGGAGCCGGAGCUACGAGCUCCCGGGCUCGGCCGCUGCGCCACCUGGUUGGAAUCCGAGCGCAGCCACUACCCCUUCUCGGACGAGAGCAGCCCGGAGACCAGCCCGCCCGACUCGUCGCAGCGGCCGUCUACUGGGCCGGUGUCUCCCGGCUCAGACGCUGAAAAGAGGAAGAAGCGUCGGGUGCUGUUCUCCAAGGCGCAAACGCUGGAGUUGGAGCGACGCUUUCGGCAGCAGCGCUACCUGUCCGCGCCCGAGCGCGAGCAGCUGGCGCGCCUGCUUCGCCUCACGCCCACACAGGUCAAAAUCUGGUUCCAGAACCAUCGCUACAAGCUGAAGCGCGCGCGCGCCCCUGGAGCGCCGGGGGCGGCGGAGUCGCCGGACCUGGCAGCCGCCACCGAGCUGCGCGCCGCACCGGGCCUGCUGCGCCGCGUGGUGGUCCCUGUGCUGGUGCGCGACGGGCAGCCUUGCGGCACCGGCGAUCUGAGCACGGCCUCCGCCCAGAACAAGAGCGGCGCGUCCCCAGCCGCCUGCCCUUUACCAGGCUACGCCACCUUCGGGCCUUGCUCGGCUCUCGGCCUCUUCCCGGCCUAUCAGCACUUAGUGCCCCCAGCCCUGGUCUCCUGGAACUGGUGAGGCCAUUGCGGUGCGCGGGCACCUGGGGCUACCCCGGACUUUGGAGUGGCUCUGCGGCCGAAGCACGGCU